AUGAAACAAAACGCGUUAAAAAUUUCAUUAAAAUUUUACAACAUCAUAUCUUUCAAACGAUCAUUAAUCUUUUGUUCUACCAUAAUGACAUCUCCAAUGUACAGGUUUCCAGAUGGGUUCUUUAAUGAUGUUCCUAUGAAAAGUAGUGAGGAUGAAUUUUUCAGUAAAUUUGGCGAUAUGUUUGAUAAGAUGGCUGAUAUAGGUGAUUCAUCAACUAAAUGGACUUCAGCGACAAUCAUUGUUUGCUCAAUCACCAUCACAGUGGUUGUACUCAGAUGGAUGAUGAAGAAAGAACAAACACUUAUAACAACUUAUCCACCUUUGCUCACCACCAACACCAACACGAACACGAACACGGUUUCCCCUAUUUCUGAUCAACAUAUUGCUGUGAACAUGCCACCAGUUCAACCAGUGGUUUCAUUCUCACAGAUCCUAGAGGACACCAUGGAGAGAUUUCUCAAGGAUGUAGCUAGAGAAAGGCCCAUAAGGUUCUCGCGUCAAGAUAUCAACGAACUCACCCAUAAUCUAUCGUCUUUCUUGGGCGCAGGCGGCUAUGGUAAUGUCUACAAAGGCAUGUUUCCGAAUGGAGUUACUAUAGCAGUCAAAGUGCUUAAAGAUAAACACUCUGACAAGAAAAUCCAAGAACAGUUUAUGGCUGAGGUAGGAACUUUGGGAAGAACACAUCAUGCAAAUCUAGUAAGAUUAUAUGGCUUUUGUUUUGAUCCAACAAUGCGCGCACUUGUUUACGAGUAUAUGGAGAAUGGAUCUCUUGAUAAACUACUGUUUGAUAGGAACAAGCUGGUUCCGUGGCAAAAGCUGUCCCAAAUUGCGAUUGGGAUAGCAAAAGGAUUGGCGUAUCUACAUGAAGACUGUGAACAAAAAAUAAUCCACUAUGACAUAAAGCCAGGCAAUGUAUUGCUAGAUUCUAAUCUAAACCCGAAAGUUGCAGAUUUCGGGCUAGCUAGGCUUUGUAACAAAGAAAGCAAUGGUGAAAGUAGUCAAGCAUGCAUGACUGCACAUGUUGGGACACCGGGAUAUGUUGCUCCCGAGUGUUAUGACAAGUUAACUCGUGUGACCAACAAGUGUGAUGUUUACAGUUUUGGGUUGUUGUUACUCGAGAUUAUUGGGAGGAGGAGAAACUUUAACCCGAACGAAAGCAUUGAUGGCAAAGAAAUUCUUGUGACUUGGACAUGGAAAUUAUAUCAAAAGGGUAAACUUUCAAAGUUGUUUUUGGAAUGUGGUAUUGAUGGGGAAAACAUACAAGAAGCAGAAAGAAUGUUAAUGGUGGUUUUUUUGUGUGUUCACCAUGAUCCAAAUAAAAGACCAAGUAUGAGUAAUGUGGUAAAGAUGUUAGAGGGAGAAAAGGAUAUCAAUGCACCUUCGAAUCCAUUUGAUUACGAAGAAUCAUCAGUUGAAAGCGAAGAGAAGUCGAAUGCAACAUCGGAGAUAGAAUUAGCCAGCUAGUUAAUCACCAAAAACCAUUUCCAUUGUACUUGAUAUUUGUUUUAUUUCUUAAAUACUAAAUAGCAAUGUCUUGUACAUACAAGUUCUUUUCAUGACUUAUCAUAUAAAAAUAUGUUGUCCUCUUUUGUA